CCGCAAGUUCACAAUUUCUGUAUUUGUAUCAUUGCUUAUUGAACUGAACUGAGCUGAGUGUGUGAGAAGGGCGGCUCAACUACUAUGGCGGCGGCGGUAUCGCAGUGUCCGGGCUUGAGAAAGAGCUUUCUACCAGCAUUUAGCAAGCCAGGUUCACUUAACAGAACGGUUUUCCGACCAAAAGUAACACAUUUCGCGCCAUUUGUUGCGAAUGCCGCCGGAAAAGGUGCCGAGACUGUAGCUGUUUCCGUUUCUCCUCCUCCCCCUUCCGUCUCUCGGGUAAAGCGCCAUACCAUUUCGGUGUUUGUUGGGGAUGAAAGUGGUAUAAUAAACAGAAUAGCUGGAGUUUUUGCACGGAGAGGCUACAACAUUGAGUCUCUUGCUGUUGGUUUGAACAAAGAUAAGGCUCUCUUUACCAUAGUUGUCUCUGGAACUGACAAGGUUCUGCAACAAGUUGUAGAGCAACUCAACAAGCUUGUGAAUGUCUUGAAGGUGGAAGAUCUAUCAAGAGAGCCUCAAGUAGAACGAGAAUUGAUGCUCAUAAAGCUAAAUGCAGAACUGAGCACAAAAGCAGAAAUAAUGUGGUUGGCAGAUAUCUUUCGAGCAAAAGUUGUGGAUAUAUCUGAGCACUUUGUCACCAUAGAGGUAACUGGUGACCCGGGAAAGAUGGCUGCUGUUCUGAGAAAUCUAAAGAAGUUUGGAAUCAAGGAGCUUGCUAGAACCGGAAAGAUUGCUUUAAGACGUGAAAAGAUGGGUGAGACAGCUCCUUUUUGGAGGUUUUCUGCUGCUUCUUAUCCUGACCUUGAGCAAAUAACGAAUGGUGCUGCAACUCAAAAAGACAUCCAACCAACCAUUAAGAGCAAAGUGAAUAAUGGUUCUAGGGGUGAUGUCUAUCCGGUGGAAUCCAAUGAUGACUUAUUUGUGAAUCAGGUUCUUGAUGCCCACUGGGGAGUUCUCUAUGAUGAAGAUUCAAGUGGGCUUCAGUCACACACUCUAUCUAUGCUUGUUAAUGAUUCACCUGGAGUACUCAACCUGUUGACUGGGGUUAUAUCUCGAAGAGGCUAUAAUAUUCAGAGUCUUGCUGUAGGUCCUGCUGAGAGAGAGGGGCUUUCACGCAUUACUACAGUUAUUCCUGGAACUGAUGAAACUAUCAGAAAAUUGCUUCAGCACUUUUACAAGUUGGUGGAUAUUCAUGAGGUUCAAGAUUUAACUCGUUUACCCUUUGCGGAGAGGGAACUGAUGCUGAUAAAAGUGGCUGUUAAUGCUACUGCUAGGAGGGAUAUCCUUGAUAUUGCCAGCAUCUUCCGAGCUAAACCAGUUGAUGUGUCUGAUCAUACAAUAACAUUGGAGUUGACAGGAGCCUUUAACAAGCUGCUUGCAUUACAAAGAUUAUUGGAGCCCUAUGGAAUUUGCGAGGUUGCACGGACUGGGCGUGUGGCACUGGUGCGAGAGUCAGGUGUAGACUCGACGUCCCUUCGGGGUUAUUGUCUUCCUUUGUAGUUUGUAGUGCAUAUAUAGUACUAAAAGAAUAAGGAAUUAUGUGCUUUUAUUAGGUUCAAAUGUUUCACCGAUGAAAGAAAUUCUAUGUAUUUGGUACUGGUUCUUGAUGAGUUCUGAAAAUUCUAUGAAAUUAUAUGUAUUUUCAGCAAAUUACCAACCUCUUUA